AUUUUAUGUUUGACAAUCUAUCAAACGCCUAAACGACACUCCGGUUCGGUGCCGUUUGAUUUAUUUAUCCACCCGCACUCACAGAGCAGUCAACACACAACAACAACAACAACAACAGAACACACCUUACACCGUCUCAGUUUGUCCUUCGCAGCUGCAACCGAUGAAUGCAGCCGCCGUAGCAUCACCACCAACUUGGCGGUGCCGCAUGCAGAUGCCCCAUUUCCACCACCAUCCAACUGUUCAUUCCUUUCCCCACCGAAUACAUCCACGGUUGAAAGGUUUGGGACUGUGCAGGAAAAAUGGGUCUGUUGACUCUACUUUUGCUAGGAGCAAUCAAGUUCAUGUGUUGCCUUGGGAUGAUAAACCCUUUGAAAUUCUUCCCUCUGGUAGAAAGGCUUACUUGGAUGAACAUGAUAUUGUCACAUUUCUUGAUCCUCCUAAGGAACUUAUCCCUUUGGACCCAACUUCUUAUAAUCCUGCUGCAUAUCUAUGGAAAAAAAUUGAUGAUAUUCCUGAGGAAAGGCGUUAUCGACUACUGCAAUUGUUAAAGCCUAGACUUGUAUCAAGGGCUUGGCAGGUAGCUGGUACAAGAUAUGAGGAUUCCAAGUUAGUAAAGAAGAUUGCAUCUGCAUCGUUGUCCAACUCCAAGAAAGGUCUUGAAUAUUACAACUGCCGAACAAGUGGAGGACAGAUGCCAAUUUCCUGGAUAAAUUCCUUCAGAAAGGCUAUAUUUUCAGGCAAGGAUGGGAAGACCUAUGGACGACUCAUCGGUGGAUCAAUUUUGACUGCAUUUGCUGAAUCCUUUGCUCCUUUGUAUUUUACGGUGACACAACUAAAGGAAGUGAUGUCAACUGAGCAGCCUUGUGAUUUAGCAUAUGAAUUUGGGGAUGGACUAUAUGAUAUCAAAGAACUCCCACUAGGCUUUCCGAAACCAGUUAAACACCCUUAUCCUUUCAACGAUCAUAUUGUUAUAUAUGUUCGCUAUCUAGGACCAGGGGUUUUGGUAGCGCAAGCAUGGCAAGAGGGAAAUAACUUAGAGCAAGUACCACGAAAACUAUGUAGCGAGAUUUUAAUGGUGAAGGAUUACACAUCAUAACAAGAAGACCAGUGAAGAAAAUUACCAGUCCUCCCACAGAUAAAGUUGAGACUUUUUUUGUUAGCACUUUGCACAUUCACAGUGUCUCCUAAGUGAUGAUUGGCAGACAGGUAAUUUUCUGAGGCGUAUAUGAGAGGAAUAUGACCCCAUCUCCAUGUUUGCUGUUUCUGUACAGACAAACUCAUUGUAGAGCAAGUAGAGAGAAUAGCACAUUGAAUGAUAUAGUGUUAUAAAAUGAGAAGUGACUGCUACAUUACUGAGCAUAGCAAUGUGUAAUAUCUGGUUUGUAACUUUUAGCCAUAAAAUAUCUGGUUUGAAUUCUGAAAUGUUGAACAUACUGAAGUACUGUUUUGUUUCUGUAAAAUCCAUGUAUAGUUCAACCUCACAUGUGAUGUCGGAUAGGAGCAAUUUGCAUUUCCCUUUCUUCAA